UAAAUCGACGGUAACGCACGCACGUAGUCUGUAGUUCAUAUAGGUAGAUAAAUAUGGAUAUAGAAUUAUUUAUAUCAGAGAUACAAUCCCGUCCUGCGAUUUGGGAUUCAAAAAGUGAUAGUUAUAGUAAUAGAGGAGAAAAAGUGAAGGCCUGGGAAGAAAUUGCGAAUUGUUUGUGGGAGAUUUUUCGAAUAAAACUGCCAAAGAAAAGAACAUUGAAGAAUUACAGAGGAAGUGGAAGAGUCUUUGUGACAGUUUUAAUAGAGAAAAUGCAAAAAAACAAGAACGUUGCGAGUGGUUUGGCAGCAACAAGCAGUAAACAGUACAUUUAUUUCAAUCAUCUAUCGUUCUUGAAUUCCUUAAAAGAAGUGAGACCGCCUACCGAUUUUACUAAUGCAACUGAUGAUGCGGAAACAUCUCACCCGAAAAUAAACAGAAACAUUGAUAUAAAAAGGGCCGAAAAAUCAGAAAAUGAAAUGCUCAGAACACUUUCGGAAAAUUUAAAACGUAAACAUGAUCAAAUAAGCGACCAAAAUGACCCCGAUAAGCAAUUUCUGAUGUCGCUGCUUCCACAUGUAAAAAAAAUUGACGAAAAUUGUAAACUUGAUUUUCAAUCAGAAAUAUUACAGUUAAUUAGAAAGUACACGCAUAAUCAAAAUUAUGAAACCUAUUCGGCACAAUAUUAUGGUUAUUCUUCAGGAAAUGCCAACAUACACUCGACACAAAAAGCUUCUACAUCUGUUCAGCCUUCUCCACUUCAUUCACAUUAUUCCGACAAGUCUAUGCUUGACAUGUCAUACUCUACACAAAACGCUUCUACAUCUAUCCCGUCUUCACCUAUAAUUCAGCCUUCUCCAACUCAUUCAUAUUAUUCUGACCAGUCUAUGGACAACAGUUCUGUUAUCGAAAACAUGUUCCGUGAUGAUGACGAGUGAUACCAAAUUAUAAUAAAGACAUAAUAACUAAAUACAAAUACCUACGUGUUUUAUUUGUUAACUAGCACAUUGAUUAUAAUAAUCAAUGUGCAUUUUUUUUCUAUUAUAAAUAAAGUACAGAUUAUUUUAUCAUAGUGUUCUGUGGAGUUUUAUGCUAGUGAUUAUUUCCACUUACCUUAAUGUGAUAGCUAGUCUUUCCGCAGGUGCGAUGCUUUUCCGCAUGUUGGUAUCGUGGUGCUUUAAUCCAGCAUAUAAUAGAGCAUGUAGUUCCCAAAACGUAUCUAUGCUUAAACGAAAAUGUUUGAAAAACUUUUUAGGAUGGUUUAGAAGAUUAUCGAAAUGUUCGUUGCAUUUGUUUACAUUCGUUAAAAUUGGAUGUAUUCAAUAACUACGGUUUCGUCUUCUACGACGACGUCUUUUUAUCAAAAGAAGCGCAAUUAAACCUUCUUCGUCAGAGUCCAUUAUGAUACUGCACGCAAAGGUUAAAAAAAGUACAACAACAAGCAGCCACCGACCGCAAGUGUCGACCACCGGCCA